GCCAUCAUGCGCCACCUCCGCCACCCCCACAUCCUCCGCCUCCUCGAGGUCCUCACCUCCCGCUCCAAGAUCUACUUCAUCCUCGAGCUCGCCCGCGGCGGCGAGCUCUACGCGCGCGUUGCCUGCGGCUGCCUCCCCGAGGACCUCUCCCAUCGUUACUUUCAGCAAUUGAUCUCCGCCAUAAGAUAUUGCCACUCUUGCAGCAUCUAUCACCGAGACGUCAAGCCGGAGAACCUCAUCCUCGACGACGCCGGCAACCUCAAAGUCUCCAACUUUGACCUCCCGGCAUUCCCCGACCAGAUUCGCGGCAAUGACCUCCGGCAUACGUCGCGCCAGAGAUGCUCGCCAAGAAGGGCUACGACGUCACCGGAGACGGAAGAGAGGAGGGAGGGAGAGAGAGACGGAAGUGGGGAGAAGGGGGAAUGAGAGAGAGAACACCCCCCUCCCACACAC